AAAAAUGUCAAAAUAUUACGAAAGACCGAAAAGAACCAAAUGCCAAAAAGAGUUCAGUUUUGAAAACAUGAAAAUUUCUUAAACAAAAAAUUUGUAGUGACUCGCAGCGAUACAAUGGAAGUAUUUCAAACGGACAAAUAUUACAUUUUCGUCAAACAAGAGAAGAGUCUUUGGUGGAACCGAAAAACUUCCGAAUUCACCCUUAAAUCGGGAUGGGACUUAUCUUGUGUUGGUGAUAUUGAGUGCAUAGGAGUGUGCGGUGGAAUUAUUGGAAUAAUUUCGUUGCCAGGCGUAUACGAUCCGCAUUUGAUUGUAAUUAAGGAAUCGACAGCGGUAGGCGUUUUAUAUCCGCCCCAUUUGGUUUACAAAAUCAAAAGUAUUUGCAUGCUGAGCGAUGAUGAACCGGAUGCAUUACUGGCAAAUUGUCCAAGGCACAAUACUGUCAGACCAACUUCCAGCUCGCCGGUCAAGUCACGUUUACUCGAAGGCACCAACAUCGUCAACAAAUCCAUUUGGGGUGCCGUCAAAAGUGCCGGCAGCACCAUUAAAAAUACCACCCAACAAGCGGCUGCUCUGGCAUCCAACCAGAUGAAAUCAACCGUUGGAAUAAAGGAUCCAACUCGGGUGGAGAAACGAAUCACAGACGAAUUCCAUAAAAUCUUUGACGACACGGACAGUUUCUAUUAUUGUUUGGACGGCGACAUAACAAACAAUUUACAGCGGCGACAAGAUCAAGCGCAGGAUGAUCGAUUUUUCUGGAACAAGUACAUGCUGAAGGAUAUCUUUCAGUUGGGCGACGAGUCGUGGAUAUUGCCAAUCAUACAGGGAUUUGUGCAGAUGGAACAGUGUGUCAUUGGCAACGAAUGUUUCACAUUGGCCUUGGUGUCACGUCGGUCUCGGUACCGAGCUGGAACAAGGUACAAACGAAGAGGUGUCGAUGAAAAUGGCAAUUGUGCUAACUACGUCGAAACAGAGCAGAUUUUAUCCUUUCACCAACAUCAGAUGUCAUUCACUCAAAUUAGAGGUUCGGUGCCAGUGUAUUGGAGUCAGCCAGGAUACAAAUACAGACCGCCACCUAGAUUGGACAAAGACGAAAACGAGACCCAAUUGGCGUUCCAAAAACAUUUCGACCAGGAGCUCAGUAUCUACAACAACGUCUACAUUAUCAAUCUGGUCGAACAAUGCGGAAAAGAGAAGGUGAUUUUCGAUGCGUAUGGUAAUCACAUCUUAAAGUACAACAGCGAAAAAUUGCUGUACGUUACAUUCGACUUUCACGAAUACUGUCGUGGUAUGCGCUUCGAAAAUGUGUCCGCACUCAUCGAAGCAUUAGCACCAGAAGCCGGUGCGAUGGGAUUUUAUUGGAAAGAUUCCCGUGGUCACAUUUGCGUACAAAAGUCCGUUUUCCGUGUCAAUUGUAUGGACUGUCUGGAUAGGACGAAUGUGGUGCAAACGGCUAUCGGCAAAACGGUUCUGGAGUCGCAACUUGUUAAAUUGGGGCUCGCGCCGCCAUACACACCGAUACCCGAGCAAUUGAAAACUCCGUUUAUGGUGCUGUGGGCGAAUAAUGGUGAUGUGAUCAGUCGACAAUAUGCGGGAACUAACGCUUUGAAGGGUGACUACACACGAACUGGUGAAAGGAAGUUCACCGGUCUGGUCAAAGAUGGAAUGAAUUCGGCUAAUCGCUACAUCAUUCAACAUUUCGUUGACUCGUUUCGUCAGAGCAUUAUCGAUCUAAUGCUUGGCAAUCUAACACAUCCAUCUGAACUGAAAGAAGAUGAUGUGUUGAGUACGGUGGCAGCUGUUGCCGAAACUGCACUGAUUCCUUCCUUUCCCGCACCGACGCAUCAAAUCUACGCUAAUGGCGUGUUUGGCAGCGAACUCCGUUUGGCCGAAGAUUUAUUUUGUCUCACAAGUUACUAUUUGGCUCGAUUUAAGGACACGUAUCGACAGGCGACGGUGGACCUAAUGUUAGGAAAUCAAGUUUCAGCUGAUUCACUGAUUGCAUUGGGCGGAAAUACAGCUGUCGAUGAUACGGAUUCUCUGAUUGAAGGUGCUGAACAUGCUCGAUUAUUGGUGGAAGAUUGUCGUCGAUUGCUACUCGGCUCUGCCCAAUAUCCAGUUGGUGCAUGGGGACUAAUCGAUGCAGAUCCAACUACCGGAGAUCCAAACGAAACAGAAGUCGACUGUAUACUGCUGUUAACAGACGAAUUCUACCUCGUCGCCGAGUACGAUUCCCAUUUGGACAAAAUUAUUCGGUUCGAAAAGGUUCCGCUACAAACUGUCACGUUGAUUGAAUUUGGUUUGGUGCAGCAAUCGAAAAUGUUCCAAUCCGGAACCAUUUCACAUCUGUGUAUUCGAUUAAAUUAUGCAGUCGACGGUGCUGAUGGUUAUUUCCACAUGUUUCGAUCACCGAAUAUCCGGUUCUUCAAUAAUGUAGCGGUUGUGAUUAAUACACAGGACGAAGUUAUGGAAUCACUGCUGGCAAUUAUCGAGAUAUUUCGUAUUGCAUUGGAGAACUGUGGUAAGAAAGACGUGAAAAUUGUAUCGGCUGGAACAUUGCAACGAAGGAAAAGUAAAGUUCCCGCACUGGAUGUGCCAAAGGGAAUACCUCGUAAUCUAUCCGAAUCUCAAUUACUGCACAUCGGUUCCAAGGCUCUAAGCAACGUAGCCGGUCAAUUCUCAAAAUUAGGACAAAGUUUAAAGUCAACCACAAAGAAACCAAAAAACACCAAUCCACCCACCGUAUACAGUCAACAGAAUACAUUCACUGCGCACAAUCAACCCACAGCCGAUAGCGAAGUGGAACCGGCUCAAUUUACCGUUGGAUCGUCUGGAAAAACCAACAGCGACACAUCGGAUUCCGACGAUAAUGAUUGUAGCAUCUACGAACCGGACGUUAACGAUCUGGUGCAGGAGAAUCCCAUUUACAAUGAAAACACUUUUUUACCGAGUGUCGGCAUUGUAAUGGGAUCGAAUGAUGCGGCAACAGCAACGGCAACGGCAAAGGUCAAUUCACUGGAAACCAAAGACAACGUUGCCAAACUAUCGUCGGAUGUAUGUACGAUGUCAAUUUCAUCGGUUACGGAUUAUGUGACGAUGCCGGCUGGCAUGCUAGAAAAUGCAUCUCCCAUACGGUCACGAAGUCCAGCACCAGAAAUUCGUGUUCAAAAUAUUGGGGAAAAUGAGAGUCUAGCGCAUUCCGGCGGACAGUCGUUUAGUCACAGUGCACACGAGAUGAGAACGGAUGCCAUUGACAGCAGAUCAAUGACUCAGCAGAAGGAUCUGUCGUUGAAUUUAAGCAGUUCACAGAGUGAAAAUGCGCUGAAGCAACUGAAAACGUUGACCAGUCCGUUGUCAAAAUUGGCGAAAGGCAUGCAAAAUUUUGGAAUGAAUCUGGAUCCGAGGAAGAUUACAGUCAAAUCGCCAGUAAGUCAUCAAGCUGAUGAGGUGCGCGAAAAUGAACGAGAUAAGUUGCAAGAGAUGUGGGACGCCAGUAAAUGUAAAACUAAAUUAAUUGCUUUGUAAAUUAUUAUUCCAUUUUUCGUUUUGUUUAUAAUAUUCCGGCUCGCCGGUCGUAUUCGCAGUAUUUUGUUUAUAUGUUUAAAAAAAUUCAUUAAUCUCACAUCAACGCAAUCCCCCAGGCUUAUUAUUAUAUAAAUUAGAACGAAAGUGAAAAAUGUCAGUGACUAAGUUAAUUGUUUAAUGAAAUUGUAAAGCAAUAUUAUACGCCCAGUAUGUAGAUAAAAUCCGCGAACAUUUAGCAAUUAGAUUAGGUAUACGGUUUAGUAAGUGUGUAUAUUUAGCGAAUAGUUUACCAGUUUUUUAUAGCACAUUUUUUUCUUAAGUACACUUUGUAAGUACCAUCGACACGAUGGAUCAAUUAUUAUGCCUUUUGCUUCGUACGUAGGUGAUAGAAGGAGUGAAAUGUUUGUGUGUGUAUGGUACGAAAAUUUUCAAUUUAUUUCCUUCGGUAUACAACAACAUCAACUCAACAUGUUGGUUUUAUGCGAUCUUGUAAUUCUAGUGAUUUAUUCUCCCAGAUAAAAAUGUGAACAAAAUUCCGAAAUACGUGGUCGCAUGGUCUCAAAACUAGGUGAACUACACAGGAUUUUCAUUGUCCACUCUGAACAUUGUUUUUAUGCAAAAAUUAAAAUUUCCGAACCGAAUCUCUUUCAACUUCGUCCAUUUUCUUGAUUUUUCUGACCUAUCAGUCACACAAUUCACUCAAGAGUCUACUUGCUGUAUUGCAACCAUAACAUGAUAUGGUAUCAUAACAAACUUAAGAUCGUAGGCUAAGUGACUAAUAGAAUUCUGACGAAAACUUUGUCCAAGUCCUCUCUGAAAAUACAAUAGCUUUGACCACAUAUUUCGGAACUUUUGUGACCUACAUUUUUACCAGGGCGGACCUAGUGAAUUAAACAUCCCUUAAGCAGUAGGUUGUUUCAUCAGAUUUUUUAUAGCUGAAUAUGGAACUUAGAGUUCAAUAUUACAUCACCUCCAACGUUUAGCUACAGAAAGAAGGGUGGCGCUGUUGUUAGAUAUCAGUAUACCAGGGACUCAUUUUGGGAAAACAUUUUUAAACUUAAAAAAAAAAUAUCGAAAUUUUCCCUAUUUUCCCGAAGAAUGUUUUUAGAAAAACAUGGGAAAGUUUGGUAAAAUUUUUGAAGGAAGUGACCAAAAGCAAUACAUUUUCCCAAGAAUAAUCGCUGGUGUAAACUAAUAAUUAACUUGUCGAUUACUUGCAAUUCUUUUAGUCUUCCUUUGGUUUUUGCUCGUCUUUCGUUAAGAGCAUUCAGUUUUAUUGUCAUUCCAUUCCAUUCCGUCAAAAAUUAUAUUUGUGUCUGCUCAUCCGUUUAGUUAUAAGGUGAAUGACGAUGAAUCUUAGCACAUAUCGGUGGACUUAAUCGAUUUUUUUUUCAUUUGUUCUGUUUAAUAAAGACAAUUUUUACUUCAUUUUGAUGUGUGACCUUACUAAAAUAAUCUCUCUGCAAUCAGUUCUUAGUAAGAGCUUCUCACAUAGCGUUAGUUUGGGUGGGGUCAACUACACCAAGAUGGAGAAACCACAAAAGUUGUCGGGUCAUUAGGAUCAUCACCACUCAAACUAAAUUCUCCAAAUUUCUCAAAAUAAACAGGUAAUUUAACAAGUGAGACUAAGUAGCAUCGAUGAUCAUAAUGACCAGACAAAUAUCAUAAAACACGACACAAAUCAGAAGCCAACUGAGCAAAUACUUCAUAUAUUCGAAUCAAUUUGUACAAAAUUCUAUUACAAGACAGAAAAAAAAUCAGGGGGCACACAGAUUUGAACUAUGGACCUCUCGAUCUGCAGUCGAAUGCUCUACCACUGAGCUAUACCCCCACACGAAUUUACACAGAAAAAUGUAAGUCUAAAACCAAAAGUUGUACUACACAAAAAGAAUCAAAACAAACAACUCCAACGAUGAUGAUGGUUGUACGCGAUAUAAUCGCACAUAUGGUUUAACUAAAGUACCUAGUAACUUCUUUACACAACUUUUACAUUUUGUUUUCGUCAUCUAUAGAUGUAAUCAGUCAUGGCAGAAUUCUGAUAAAUAAUUAAAUUGUUGAUGCAUGAAACCAUUUGUAUACCUGUUCAAGCACGUCACCAUAUAUAGAUUGGUAAAUUGUGUUGGAUCGCGGGGGUGUAUCAAUUGUCGCCGAAUUUGUUCGUAAAGUGACUUUAAAUAAUUUGGUAAUUCAUGCGGUCAUAGAGAUUCUCAAGACGUGUGAAUCCGCAUCAUCUUUGACGGUGAAUAUAGAGAAACACCUGUCUUUUAAAGUUUGUGUUUCAGAGGUUUCAGGCCUGCAUUGCAUUUUCUAUAACGAACGAUAAAAGUCAUCCGAACAAAUGUACAUUUGUUACGUCGACAAACUGCUCCCAUUUCUAUCGUUUGUUACAUUUUAGUACCGAUAGAAGGUUCACUUCGUCAUUUACCUUGUACAUACAUUGUUUGAGUUUUCUCUACCUACAAAAUCUCUUAGAGCUUUCGUUUUACUUCAAACUGGUUAAUCGUGAAACUCUUUAUAAUUCGAUUGUUCAAAUCAAAAUCAAAACUAGCAACAAAUAAAUCGAUUUGUCCGUUAUUAUGUACUUUGAUCACUUUGAUGGAUUUAUUGAUUUAAUUGCCGACAUCACAUAUGUUUUCUAUAAGUUUAUGGACUACGCGAUUCCACUCGAGCUUGAAAAAGUUUCUCGUAAAAAUCGAAGUGACACUUUUGUACACGAAGAAGGUUUGUACCUUCAGACCAAAAUAAAAUUAAGUGAACGGAGAGCAUAACGAAAAUUCUCCUAAUGAUUACACGCACAAGAAGCUCAAAAUAAUCUUCCUCGUUUAAAAUGUUACCUGAUCUGUCUUUAAAGUACCUGUUCCCUAUGGAUGAAAUUUGCGUCGCUCCCGUGGUCACAAAACUUUGUGCGGUGAAAUCGUUUGAACAAAGAACCUUCGAAACAUCCAAAUUCAAAUAGUCAGACUGUUUCUAUAUCCUGGUAUUGCAGUUGCAGCGAAAUUAUUGCUGUAGUUACGAGAAAUCGAGGAACAUCAGAAAUUCUUUCAGUUAGCAGCAAUGAUUUGACUGCACUAACUGCACUAGAACUUAAUACUUAUUAUUUCACUAAAUUUCACAAAAUUUACAAAUCCAUAACUUUAAGUCUGGUUUCCACUUAAAAAUGUUCGCCGUAAAAGAGCACCGUGAAGGAUUUCUAUUGCUCUCUUACGACGAAAAUUUUAAAGUGGAAAUCAAGCCUUUUAUAACCAAAUUCUUUUUCCUCACUCGAAUAACGUUGUUCAAGUAACCAAAUGAUUUUUAGUGAAUUUGGUGAAAUUUAGUGAAAUAUUUCUCAAUAUUAGACCAUGGCACUGCACUAAUAGGAUGUAGA